UGUUACGUCACUUAUCAACACGGAACAAGCAUGCACUUUCGACUCUGCCCCGCCUACAGGACUUCUUCGUCAGCAUGGAUGACUACAAAGUCCUGAAAGUGAUCGGGGAGGGGUCCUUUGGUCGAGCCCUAUUAGUCCAGCCUAAAAACUGUGAAACACAAUGGGUAUUGAAAGAAAUCCAAAUUCCAAAGGCUCGAAGUGGGGCACAGUCUAGACGAGAAGCAGUGCUCCUGGCCAAAAUGAAGCAUCUAAAUAUUGUGACCUUUAAGGAUUCAUUUGAAGCUGACGGCUAUUUGUACAUUGCCAUGGAGUUCUGCGGUGGAGGUGACCUGCUUCAAAGGAUCCGUCAGCAGAAGAACGCACAUUUCUCUGAGGAUGUUGUCUUGAAAUGGUUCGCCCAGAUGUGCUCAGGUGCCAAACAUAUCCACGACAAGCGUGUCCUACAUCGGGAUUUGAAAUCCAAGAACAUUUUCCUGACAGACAAUGGAACAGUUAAGCUGGGAGACUUUGGCUCGGCUUGUCUUCUGAACAGUGCUGAAGGUUGUGCUCAGACAUACGUUGGUACUCCCUAUUAUGUAUCUCCAGAAAUCUGGGACAGUAAACCAUACAACAACAAAAGUGAUGUGUGGUCACUGGGCUGUGUGCUGUAUGAGCUCUGCACUCUUAAGCACCCGUUCCAGGCCCGCAGCUGGAAGAGCCUGAUCCUGAAGGUGUGUCGAGGAGCCUACGACCCCUUGCCCAAGCACCUCCCGUACGAGCUCCAUUACCUGAUCAAGCACAUAUUCAAGACCAGCCCCAGGGACCGGCCCUCCGUCCAGACCAUCCUGACCACGCACCGCGUCUCCAGGCUGCUGCAGAAACAUCUGCAGGCUGCCGAGGGACAUCCGCCAGCAUCUGGAGCGCAUCUUCCUGCCGCGCUCCGAGUGUCAUCGAAACCACAGACCGAGCGGGUUCAGCGCUGGAGGAAAGAGGAUGGAAAAUCGGUGGCCGCACUGCUUGGUCAGAAGACACUUCUCACCUCCUCGACAGUGAAGAGCACUUUUGGGGAGAGUCACGAAGAAGAAUCAAGGCCUCGUCGGAAGUGGGCUGCAGGCCCCUCCGAGACGGUCCUGGAGGUCCUCAAAAAUGCUGAUGUCAUUUCCUCGGACAGCAUGCCUAUCGGUGACCUCGAGGCAUGUCCAGAGUCUUUGCCCUGUGAGGCUCCGCAGAAGAGAGAGCGGAGACGGUGGGACCGGGAGCCUCCACAGCGUCUCCUGAGCCUGCUAGAGAAAGCCAGCCUCAGCACGGCUUUCAAAACCUACACUAUACACAGACAAGGUGAAGGCCCUCCUCUUGGCCCCUUGGCAGAUGGACAGGAUGAUGCUGUUGAUGGCCCUGAGGUUCACCUCACUGAUGAGAGCAGACUGGACCCCCGAUCCGAUGACGAGGAUACGGACUUUGAGGAAGAGACUCAUUUUGACCUGCUGGAUGGACUUGAAAAAAUGACUACUGAACACUAACAUUUUAUCACCAUUUUCCACAAACACUUCCUUUAUUUCAUGUCAUGAUUUUUUUUUUUUUAGAUGUUGAUCUUUUUAUGAAACUAAUCUAGUUGUGGUGAUCAUGACAGAAUUUGGUCUCGGUGUACAGUCACGGGAAGAUAAAUUGCAUAAAUAACACUCCAAAAAUAACUGUGCUAGUUCUUGUUUUGUGGUCAGUGUGCUCCAGAUACUAUGCUGAGCAAUCUGCAGCACGCACAGCAUCACUGUAGAGAUAUCAAGUCUGUGUAGCCUACCUCGGUUUUGAAGUCACGGUCCGGUUAAUUUUUGGAAUGGUGAGAUCAACACUAUAGGAUUUUAUUGGAAUGGUGAGACUGUAGGUCACAGGUGUCAAACUCAAGGCCCAAAUGUGGCCCACCGCGUCAUGUUAUGUGGCCCGCGAGAGCUUAAAAGUUCUGAUACAGUUUUUGUGUAUUGGCACCACAUUGCAUGCGUGUGAGACUGCCAGGGAGACCACGUCAACCACCUUCCUCUGUGAUCAGUGAAACUGGCUACAUCAAAUGUGAGAGCAACCCGUACGUGUGAAAAAAUAGACCAGUAUUCGAAACUAUUUUUGCAUGUCGCGAACGGAGCGCCCGAAUUACGCGCUUGGUUUAGCCUCCCUGUGAAGCGCUUGAUUCAGAUCAGGCAAGCAGAGGUAGACUAGAAGUUUGUGGUAAUCGCCGUGUUGCUUUGCAUUUUCAUUUCAGUUUAAAGAGAACAACGUAGAAUCCACACAACUCCUUUCAACUUUAAAACUUCAGAGAAAAAGUCCACCUGGACCGUUCGCUUCUAUAGAAUAUGUGUAUGGAAUGGUGUUGUGACGCAUUUCAUGGAUGCACUUUUUGACAUGUCAGUUAGCCUACUCGUUUGCAUCACUGGCUAGAUGUAAAAAAGUCCACCCGGGCCGUUCGCUUCUUUUGCUCUUCUCAACUUCUCGAUUUUAGAAGUUUUAUACCGUUGCUAAAGAUUUUUUGGCUGGUGCAAAUCUUUAAAGUUGGUGUACUGUAGGUGUACAGUCAGCUAGCCUAAAAUUCCCAGACCAUAUUGCCGAUGCGCUCAAAAGGUGUCAAAUGUUUUUUGAGGUUAAUUGACUAGACUGACAUAUGAUCCGCCAUAUAAUGUGAAAUUUGAAACAUGCUCCGCGCACAAUAAAAUCCUAUAGUGUUGAUUACUGCUUCAGACUACAAUUGGUACAUUUGGUAGACAACUACCAAAGUAAAACUCACGUCCUAACAUCUAAACGAUUUCGGUAAGAACAUUUGUACCUUUACCACCUCAGAACACAUGUCACACCUGCUGACGCUCUAAAAAUAACAUCGGCUUUGUGGUUAGACUGCUGAGCGGUCUGCAGUGCAGUACCACUGUAGAGGCAUCAAGUUGAGGCCUGUGGUCUAAGCCCCUGUGUGGUGAUUUGCUUGCUAGUAUGCAUAUUUUAAUUCCAAGAAAAGUCCCUGUUGUACAUGCUUGCUCAGCUGUCAGCUGCUCCGUGUCAUCUUAUCCUUGUGGCAGGCAUUUCAUUCGGUUGGUUAUACUGCCAAAAAUCUGUAUUGAAGGACACUUUGUUUCCAGUAUGUAAGUUCCUGUUGUUGGGUCUGGUAUUGAAAAGAUUUUCCAACUUUCAGCAAGACUUUAGUGACUUUUUUUAGUGUUUUUUUUUUUUUUUUUACAAUCAGCUAUUUAUGUGGAAUGUUAAACAUUAGGAAUGUUACCGUCAACAUCCGGCCUUUAAUGAAUUGGAGAAUUGUCUCUCUCUUGAAACGGUCCGUCUCUGCGGCCCAAUCCGCCGGGCCGUGGUGAAGUAUGGGAUUGAUUAUCUGCCGUGUUUUCCAGCGCUAUCGAAACCAGACGGUGACGGCUGAACCUGGGAAGCAGAGAGAAUGUGGAAUAACACACACAAGAGAACAGCUGGGUCUCCUGGGUCACAGUUCAUCUAUCCUCAUUUCCCUCUCAAUAAUAUAUAAACAGGUGUUCUGUCCCUUUCAGAGUGUUUCUUUUUUUCCCUCUCUUUUUCUUCAUAUCCCUCUCUUUUUUUUAUAUAAGCCUUUUCUCACGUGGUUCUUCCAAGUCCUCUCCCAGAUGUGCUAGCAACACAUCUUAAAGCCAUUACAACGAAUUGUGACACUUGAACAUGAAAUUCCCGUCACACACACACACACACACACACACACACCUCCCAUCUCUGUUGGUGACCCCGCGCGCUGCUGCGCUGAGACUGUCGUCCACUAGGUGGGGUCAGGAUCAUCCCGCCUGACGGAGGUUGGCUUCAGUGCUUGGGGUGGGAUCCCCUGAGGGACUCUGCUACGGCAUGCCUGAGGUGUCUGAUCUCCGCACUAAACACAUACACAACUGAGCUAUUCUUAUAAGAGGUAACACUAUAAGAAGAGCACAACUUUUUAACAUUUUUGUUUACUUGUUUGAGGAAAAAGAUGGUGAUGGAUAUGGUUAUUUAUGUCAGUUUUCAAGUCACAGGGAUGAGUUCUGUUAACCA